UCUUCAUGUUAUUAAUUUAUUCGUUUGUUUUUGGAGAUGAACAUCGCCUUUGUUGUAUUAGCAUAAUUAUACAGAGUUCUGACUAUCAGGUUGUUCGUCUGGAACUAAUCCUCAUCUGAUUGCUUUAUUUCUUAUAUCAUAACUUAGGUAGACAUAGACUGACUUUUUAAAGCUAUACUUCACCUCUCUUUUGGUGUCUAAAUAUGAAUGAACUGCCCUUUACCGUCGUAUUGCACUGCGACCAUGAACACACCCCUGCAAUACGCACAGUCCUCCCAUUGGUGGGCGCUGUACGUUCCCCUGUAGCCCCCGCACACCGCCGUACGCAGAGGUGGGGGGUAUAAAGUUAGGACUCAGCCUGGGAUACAUGCCACUUGUUGCUGCUGCUGCUGCACAUGAGAGCGCCGAAUUCACGGCUUUGAAACCCCUUGUGUCGCGUUAUAACGGGGUUGCACGUGGAGAUUAUGAACUCGAUUGAUCUGCAAGCUCACCACACGUCUCCAACAAUCAGCCCGCUCCAAAGUCAUCCAAAAAGUGCACAAGAAGCCUCGGACAUGGCCGUGUAUUGUGACAAUUUCAGCAUGUACCACCAGCAGAGCAUUCACAGCACACAGAGGCCGAGCGGCUACGGACUGGGGGAUUACGCGCCCUCUUCCAGUCCUUACCUGUGGUUAAACGGGCCAGGUAUGAACUCCUCCGCCUCCUACCUUCACGGAAACAAUCCAGCCUCCUUCAUGCCUCCAUCCUACGGAUCUCAGCGGCAGUUCUUACCCAGUGCUUCAGGAUUCACGGGCUCGGAUCUUGGCUGGUUGUCCAUAGCGAGCCAAGAGGAAUUGCUUAAAUUAGUACGUCCUCCUUAUUCCUACUCGGCCUUAAUCGCUAUGGCCAUCCAGAAUACUCCUGAAAAGAAACUGACUCUUAGUCAAAUUUAUCAGUAUGUUGCGGAUAAUUUUCCGUUUUACAAGAAGAGCAAAGCUGGCUGGCAGAACUCCAUCCGCCACAAUCUGUCUUUGAAUGAUUGUUUCAAGAAGGUUCCCAGAGACGAGGACGAUCCAGGAAAGGGGAAUUACUGGACAUUAGAUCCUAACUGUGAGAAGAUGUUUGACAAUGGAAACUUCCGUAGAAAGAGGAAAAGAAGGUCGGAGUCCACCAGUGGAAUCACCGGUAAUGCUAAAGUGGAAGAUGUCCGGCCCAUUCCGGGUGUCAAGGCUUCAGAGAGCCCUGCUGUCAUGGAUCCGUCUUCUCCUGGGAUGGAUACCACUAUGGACGGCCAGAAAAGCGCCUCGCCCACAGCUCUUCCGUCUCCACCCUGCUUUAAUAACUUCUUCAGCAGUAUGUCCACCCUGAGCAGUGGCCCCAGCGGCAGACAAGGAGCUCUGGGGCUGGUGAACGAGCUUUCCAGUAGGAACAUUACAGGUCUGAGCCCCUAUCAUACCAAUUCGUCUCAAGACAGCGGUGGUCUCGACCUCCCGGACAGUCUUCACCUAAACCGCGGUGUCUAUUACAACUCAUUCAGCGGGGGACAGAAUGGACAGUUCAACAACCAUUUUUAUAACAGUUUCAGCGUGAACAGUUUAAUCUAUCCUAGAGAUGGGGCGGAAAUGUAGAGGUAUUUGUGCCCGGAGCAUUACAAAAGCACCCAGUUUGGACCCUGGAAGUUAAAGACUUUCAGUAGGACUCCCAAAAUGUAGGAGACCGCAGAGCGGUCUACAAGUCCCACAGGGCUGUAUAUAAAAAUCGACUAUUCACGGCAGGUUUUUACCAAAUAGCCAAUUUGCCAUAACAAAAUAAAUGACUGUGUCCUACUGCGAUUAAUAACUUAAAACCGAAUUAAUAAGUAAAUUAAGUAAUAAUUGACUAAGAAUAUUGCAGUAAAAAAACCGGAUAGUAUUUAGUUGCUCUCAGAUGGGUCUUGCAUGAAAUAGGCAUAUGAUGGGAAUUAGCCGCUUAUUGAAAACUGCCUGUUUAACCGCUAAACUGUUAUUAUCUGCAUCUGGUGUUAAAUAAUAUGGCCUUUUUCUUGCUGAGGAAUAUGUUUUAAAGACGCUCGAGCUUUGUAAUUUAAGUGUAUGUCUUUUCUGCAAAUUAAACUCUUAUAUUUAUGCUAUUUAUAAUAAUAGUGUACAACAAGAAAUAUGAGAUUUUAAAAUAUUUAAAAUACCGAAAUAGUGUGAUAUUGAGCUGUAGACCAGACUGUAAUAACAUUUCAGCCCAGUAAAUGUUGUUACUAUAGGCCUAUUACAUAUUGUACGCUACGACUGACAGCUGAUCUAUGAAGUGCACAAACCGUUUUGCCGUGAAAAAAUGGAAAAAUGUGUCUGUCAGACACGGUUCUAAACAUUAUUGUUUAUUUAAACCAGUAUGUUUUUCCAUCUUAAAAUGAAACGCGGUGUGAAUUAGCCCAGCAUCUGUGU